GGCAGUGGGCGGGCUUGUGUAGCUAAAGCAGAGUUCUGUCACUCACAGGUAUUACCACUUCCUGUGGAAGACUGAAAGUACCCGCCCACCAUUCAUUUCAGCCUAGCAACUCAGCAGGGAGGAUUUCUCUGCAGCUCUCGUACGAUUCUGUUUAUAAGAGUUUGCAUUUUAGAAACAUGGGACUUCUAGAAGUACUGGACCCAGAAGACCUACCCAAGAUGUCAACAUGGUAUGCAUUGGUGCCCCGUGGAGAAGGGCCCAGCGCAAGAGUGGGUCAUACAUGCAUGUAUGUAUCUUCCAGUGAGGAUUCUUCAAAGGGGAAAAUUCUCAUUCUUGGUGGGGCUGAUCCUAGUGGCUGCUAUUCUGAUACUCACAUCAUAGAUCUUGAUAAUCACGAGUGGGACAACCCAGACUCAGAAGGCCUGUUACCUCGAUAUGAACAUGCAAGCUUCAUUUCUGCCAGCAAUCCAGGCAACAUCUGGGUAUUUGCAGGAGCAGAGCAAGCAGAAAAUAGAAACUGUGUUCAGGUCUUAAACCCAGGGGCUGCUUCAUGGAAAAGCCCAAAAGUGAUGGGAACACCCCCUUCUCCAAGGACUUUCCACACCUCCUCAGCCACCAUUGAAGAUAAGCUUUACGUGUUUGGAGGAGGAGAAAAAGGAGCAGAACCAGUUGCAGACACCAACCUUUACAUAUAUGACACAGCUACCAUGACAUGGACACAGCCAGUGACAUCAGGAGAUCCACCACAGGCUCGCCAUGGCCAUGUUCUUACAGCAUUAGGUACUAAACUGUUUGUUCAUGGUGGCAUGGCAGGAAGCACUUUUUUCAAAGAUAUGUUUUGCAUAGAUACAGAUACCAUGAAGUGGGAACGUUUGAAAACAAAGGGGGAUCUACCGCCUGCUUGUGCAGCUCAUUCCUCUGUGGCCUGGAAAUCUUAUAUUUAUAUCUUUGGUGGCAUGACUAGCACAGGGGCUACAAACUCUAUGUACAGAUAUGACACAGAAACACUUCUGUGGAAACAGUUGAAGUUUGAUUCUGCAUGUCCUCCUGCAAGGUUGGAUCAUUCGAUGUGUCUCCUUCCAUGGAAAACAAGGACUAAUACAGAUAAUGCUGAAAAACUUCCUUGUAAAGCGAAAGAGGAAAGUAAAUUAAAAGAAUGUUCAUCUGCAACAAGCAAGACACUGGAACAGGGAAUUGUACAUUUAUGUUUUAUAUUUGGAGGCAUGGAUACAGAUGGGGAACUGCACAGUGACUGCUGCGUGACUAUACUCCAGUGAUAAUAGAAGAAAUAAUCACUACACUAACCUAUAGAGUUUUGGAUUUUAAAAGAAAUUGUACGACUAUGCCAACAAGUACACCUUCCACUUGGUUUUGUCCAGUGAUGUAUCUGAUCUGCUGUUGGUUUAAGAAUCCUUUCUGCUGAAUUUAUUCUUUUAGUGAAUUUUCAGUUUGAGGGGAAAUCAUGUUCAAAUAUUUCUUUGAAAAUUAAA